AAAAGAAACGAGCCCGUUGCAUUCCGGGAAAAGGAAGACUGGAGGCUUUCGCCAUAUUGUUUGAUUCCGCAGAUUCACUGGAGCAGAAAACAACAAACACUCUCAUGUAAACAGGCUAAUAUUGAACAGUUAUACAGGUGACCGUAAUAUAAUUUCGCAUCCGGUCGUUGCAGAUCUUGCUGCAUUCAUAAGACCCCGAAUAGCGGUGUCAGUCUGAUUUAUUCGUGCAAAAUAUGGGUCGCUCUCGGAGCCGCAGCUCGUCCCGAUCCAAACACUCUAAACACAGCCGCAAACGGAGCCGCUCCAGAUCCAAAUCCAAAUCCAGCAAGAAAAGGAGCAGGUCAAAGGAACCGAAGAGGAGCAGAAGGUCCCGCUCGAGGUCAGGCAGCAAGAGGGACAGAGGUGGCUCACCCCCCAGCCGAACGGACGUGUUCGGCCGGACACUGAGCAAGAGAAACGCCGAAGAGAAACAGAAGAGAGAAGAGGAGGAGAGGAGAGCAGAGAUAGAGAGACAAAUGAAGAUCCGUCAGCUGGAGAUCGAGGAGCGUCUGAUUGAGGAGGAAACGGCGAGGCGCGUUGAGGAGCUUGUGGCACGGCGUGUAGAGGAGGAGCUUGAGAAGCGGCGUGAUGAGAUCGAACAUGAGGUCUUGCGGCGGGUGGAAGAGGCGAAGCGCAUCAUGGAGGCACAGCUUUUGCAGGAGCUAGAGAGGCAGAGGCAGGCCGAACUGAACUCCCAGAAAGCCAGAGAGGAGGAAGAAAAAUCCAAACGAGAGGAGCUGGAGAGAAUUUUGGAAGAAAACAACCGAAAGAUUGCUGAUGCACAGGCUAAGCUGGCUGAGGAUCAGCUACGUAUUGUGGAAGAACAGAGGAAGAUCCACGAGGAACGCAUGAAGCUAGAGCAGGAGAGGCAGAAACAACAGAAGGAGGAACAGAGGAUGAUAUUGGGGAAGGGCAAGUCCCGACCUCGCCUCUCCUUCACUCUCAAAGCUACAGAGUGAUUUCUCUCCUCUCCUCUCCUCUCUGAAUGUGUGCUUCAUGUUGAAGUGAAUCGAAGUCUCAAACAGAGGUCUGCGCACAUAAAUUACUCUUUGUAAACCCAGGAAAAACUCACGCUUCAAAACCGGACUUGCAGGCACCACCACAGACUUGCAGAUCAGCUGCCAUCUGCUUAUUUUCAGUGUGUUGUAUUGAUAUUUGACACUGUUAUGCUGGAUGCACCUUCAGAAACACGGGCCAUUUAUUAUUUUUAAUUUUUAAUGGCAAGCUAAUAAGAAUGAAUAAGUGUAAAUAUUUGUUUAUAUGAGUGUGCUUGGCUGGUUGGUCAAUAUAUAUCAGUGGUUUGGGAGCUCUGUUGGUACAAGCUCAGUUUAACUGCGGUUCUUACAUUCAAAGCAUUGGGGGAGCGGGUGUACACAAAAAUGGUUUGAAAAAUGUAAAUUGGCAAAAUUUGUUUUGUGCUUAUUAGUGAUUGUAUGUGUGAGAGCAUUUAGAUUUUUCUUUUUCAGAUUCCAGACUAAACAUCUCAAAACUGCUGCUUAACACAUUGUUCCCAUAAUCACCUGAUAUGAGUUGCAUUUAUAGCAUUGUAACCUAGAGAACAUUUGCCCUUUUUGAUACACCUUACUUAAAUCGCUCAUUUUUUAAAUGUCGAACAUAUGUGAGACCAGAACUUAAUUGGCAUUCACAAUACAAACAUUUUGUUGGAAAAAAAAAAAAGGUUACAAUGUUGCAAAGUCUUGUAAUGUGUCUAGUGUUCAGUUGGAACCUUAAGGAAAUCGGGAAUCACAGGUAAGACUAGUUAGGGUGUGUAUGCGAGCGAGUUUGUGUGUGUGUGUGUGUGUGUGUGUGUGUGUGUGUGUGUGUGUGUGUGUGUGUGUGUGUGUGUGCUAGAGGGUGUUCUUGUCUUGCUGGAAAUUAGCCCUUUCCUUGUGAACUGGGACAUUUAGUGUAAUGACCAAUAAAUUCCAUCAACACAA